UUAAUACUGACUGCGGUGGACGGUGGGGUCCCCGUGCGCUCCGGCACUGCCAACAUUAUUGUUAGAGUACAGGAUACGAACGAUAAUCCUCCGCGGUUUGACAAGCAGACUUACACAAUUAACAUGACAGAAAAUGCCCCGAUCGGAACAUUAGUGAUGAAGCUUAACGCUACAGAUCUCGAUGAGGGUCUUAAUUCAGAGAUAGUGUACUCAUUCACACUUUACACAUCAGAAAAAACACAAGACAUAUUUGAAUUGAACCCUAACACAGGGGAGAUAACUGUGAAGGGUACUAUUGACUAUGAAGAUAUGAAACUCUAUGAAAUGCACAUUGAGGCAAAAGACAAGGGGACGCAUCCCUUGCUGGGGCAGUGUACAGUAGUCGUCCACGUGACGGACAUGAAUGAUAAUUAUCCGGAAAUAACCAUACAGUCGGUAAAAAACACAGUUGAUGAGAACAUCCCAGUGGGAAGUGUCAUUGCUCUUGUAGGUAUAAGUGACAGAGACACUGGCAGUAAUGGUAACGCAAGCUUAACCAUAAAUCAGCGCAUGCCCUUUAUUCUUAACAAGACGUCGGAUAGCCCCAUGCAUUAUAAACUCAUAGUGUCUGAACCUUUGGAUCGUGAGUCAGUACCUGAAUAUGAAAUCAAACUGAUUGUGACAGAUGCAGGAACGCCGCCUUUGUCUGACAACGAAACAAUAACUCUGCAUCUGCUGGAUGUUAAUGACAACGCACCGCAGUUCCCUCUGUCGUUUUAUACUAUACGUGUAAAUGAGAAUAACGCACCUGGGGCUUUGCUCAGUUCACUCACUGCGUUUGACCCCGACCUCCAUGAAAACCAGUAUCUAGUUUAUUUCAUCCUAGAGAAGGAGAUAGCCAACACCUCCAUGUCCAUGCUGUUCUCCAUCAAUCCAGAGAACGGUAAUCUUUACGCACUAAAAACUUUUGACUAUGAGAUCGAGAAGGAGUUUCUUUUCCACAUCGAGGCCAGAGACUCUGGCUCUCCUCCUCUCAGCAGUAACGUGACGGUCCACAUCAUCAUAGUGGACCAGAACGACAACGCUCCGGUUAUUGUCUCUCCGUGGCGAGCGCACGGCUCUGUGGUGGAGGAAAAGAUCCCCAGAUCCACCGAUAAAGGCUCUCUGGUUGCCAAGGUGAUAGCCUUGGACACCGACUCGGUGCACAACUCUCGGAUUACCUACCAGUUUCUACAAGUGACUGACGCCACCUUGUUCAGUCUGGAUCAAUACAACGGAGAGAUCCGGACUAUGAGGAUGUUCAGUUACAGAGACCCUCGCCACCAGAGGAUGAUUGUUGUUGCCAAGGACAACGGGAAUCCCGCUCUCUCUGCUACAGUCACCAUCAAGCUGUCCACGAUGGAGACUGCGGUUAAGGCCUACUCUGACAUGACUGAGGUGCCUCUAGAAUAUGACAUCUUCUCAGACCUAAACCUGUAUUUGGUCAUCGGUCUGGGCUCGGUGUCAUUUCUCCUGCUCAUCACCAUAUUGGUCACCAUCGUGCUCAAGUGUCAGAAACCCAAGCCCAGCAAAGCGGCUCCUCCCUGCAGGAACAGUGUGAUCAGUGAGAGGAACUCCACCAUCGCAGAUUCCACUCUGGUCUCCAACGAUGCCUACUGGUACAGUCUGUUUCUAGCAGAGACCAGGAAAGGAAAGAUGGUGGUGAGACAGCCUGUGCCAAAGGGCUCCAGAUACAUCGUGUCCAGUUUACCAAGAGGAACAGGACUGACAGACACUAGUGACUCAGCAGCUUCCACUCUGCAGGAGAUGAAAGAAGGAUCCGUUGUAGCAAAUCUUGCUACCGAUCUCAGUCUGGAUGUGAAAACACUGAACCAGAGGAAGAUGCGUCUCGACAUCAUUGCAAACAAGAAAUAUCUGGAUGUGAACAAAGAGACUGGUGAACUUUCACUCACUGCGUUUGACCCCGACCUCCAUGAAAACCAGUAUCUAGUUUAUUUCAUCCUAGAGAAGGAGAUAGCCAACACCUCCAUGUCCAUGCUGUUCUCCAUCAAUCCAGAGAACGGUAAUCUUUACGCACUAAAAACUUUUGACUAUGAGAUCGAGAAGGAGUUUCUUUUCCACAUCGAGGCCAGAGACUCUGGCUCUCCUCCUCUCAGCAGUAACGUGACGGUCCACAUCAUCAUAGUGGACCAGAACGACAACGCUCCGGUUAUUGUCUCUCCGUGGAGAGCGCACGGCUCUGUGGUGGAGGAAAAGAUCCCCAGAUCCACCGAUAAAGGCUCUCUGGUUGCCAAGGUGAUAGCCUUAGACACCGACUCGGUGCACAACUCUCGGAUUACCUACCAGUUUCUACAAGUGACUGACGCCACCUUGUUCAGUCUGGAUCAAUACAACGGAGAGAUCCGGACUAUGAGGAUGUUCAGUUACAGAGACCCUCGCCACCAGAGGAUGAUUGUUGUUGCCAAGGACAACGGGAAUCCCGCUCUCUCUGCUACAGUCACCAUCAAGCUGUCCACGAUGGAGACUGCCGUUAAGGCCUACUCUGACAUGACUGAGGUGCCUCUAGAAUAUGACAUCUUCUCAGACCUAAACCUGUAUUUGGUCAUCGGUCUGGGCUCGGUGUCAUUUCUCCUGCUCAUCACCAUAUUGGUCACCAUCGUGCUCAAGUGUCAGAAACCCAAGCCCAGCAAAGCGGCUCCUCCCUGCAGGAACAGUGUGAUCAGUGAGAGGAACUCCACCAUCGCAGAUUCCACUCUGGUCUCCAACGAUGCCUACUGGUACAGUCUGUUUCUAGCAGAGACCAGGAAAGGAAAGAUGGUGGUGAGACAGCCUGUGCCAAAGGGCUCCAGAUACAUCGUGUCCAGUUUACCAAGAGGAACAGGACUGACAGACACUAGUGACUCAGCAGCUUCCACUCUGCAGUAUCUAGUUUAUUUCAUCCUAGAGAAGGAGAUAGCCAACACCUCCAUGUCCAUGCUGUUCUCCAUCAAUCCAGAGAACGGUAAUCUUUACGCACUAAAAACUUUUGACUAUGAGAUCGAGAAGGAGUUUCUUUUCCACAUCGAGGCCAGAGACUCUGGCUCUCCUCCUCUCAGCAGUAACGUGACGGUCCACAUCAUCAUAGUGGACCAGAACGACAACGCUCCGGUUAUUGUCUCUCCGUGGAGAGCGCACGGCUCUGUGGUGGAGGAAAAGAUCCCCAGAUCCACCGAUAAAGGCUCUCUGGUUGCCAAGGUGAUAGCCUUAGACACCGACUCGGUGCACAACUCUCGGAUUACCUACCAGUUUCUACAAGUGACUGACGCCACCUUGUUCAGUCUGGAUCAAUACAACGGAGAGAUCCGGACUAUGAGGAUGUUCAGUUACAGAGACCCUCGCCACCAGAGGAUGAUUGUUGUUGCCAAGGACAACGGGAAUCCCGCUCUCUCUGCUACAGUCACCAUCAAGCUGUCCACGAUGGAGACUGCGGUUAAGGCCUACUCUGACAUGACUGAGGUGCCUCUAGAAUAUGACAUCUUCUCAGACCUAAACCUGUAUUUGGUCAUCGGUCUGGGCUCGGUGUCAUUUCUCCUGCUCAUCACCAUAUUGGUCACCAUCGUGCUCAAGUGUCAGAAACCCAAGCCCAGCAAAGCGGCUCCUCCCUGCAGGAACAGUGUGAUCAGUGAGAGGAACUCCACCAUCGCAGAUUCCACUCUGGUCUCCAACGAUGCCUACUGGUACAGUCUGUUUCUAGCAGAGACCAGGAAAGGAAAGAUGGUGGUGAGACAGCCUGUGCCAAAGGGCUCCAGAUACAUCGUGUCCAGUUUACCAAGAGGAACAGGACUGACAGACACUAUAAACCGGGACACAACAAUGGGGUCCUUUAUAACAAUGCAUUCUUGUAAAAGGUACGUGCUGCUCGUUCCUUUUUCUUUCGCUCGUAACACAUUGACUUCAGUGUCUCAUUAUUCAAUACCUGAGGAGAUGAAAGAAGGAUCCGUUGUAGCAAAUCUUGCUACCGAUCUCAGUCUGGAUGUGAAAACACUGAACCAGAGGAAGAUGCGUCUCGACAUCAUUGCAAACAAGAAAUAUCUGGAUGUGAACAAAGAGACUGGUGAACUGUAUGUUGUUGAAAAGAUCGACAGGGAAAAUAUUUGCAAUACCAAAUCAUCAACGUCAUGUUAUCUCAGACUAGAGGUAAUAUUAGAAAAUCCACUGCGAAUUUUUAAUAUAGAAGUAGAAAUAUCGGAUAUGAACGACAACGCCCCGCAGUUUCGCAGAGACGCCAUACAUUUAGAUAUAUCUGAAGCGACGCCAAAAGGAGAGAGAUUCUCUCUCAGUAAUGCAGUUGAUCCUGAUGUUGGAAGUAAUUCAGUUAAAACAUACCACCUGAGUGAAAGUGAACAUUUUAAUAUUGAAGUUCAGACUGGCAGGGAAGGGUCAAAAUUUGCUGAAUUAAUAUUAACAAAGACUUUAGAUCGAGAGCAGCAUACUGUUCAUAAUUUAAUACUCACAGCUGUAGAUGGAGGCACACCUGCUCGUUCUGGCACUGCAAGUGUUAUUGUUCAUGUUUUGGACACAAAUGACAACGCUCCUACUUUUGACAAAUUAAACUAUAGUUUAAAAAUAAUGGAAAAUUCUCCCAUUGGAAGCCUUGUUGUUCAUCUCAAUGCAACAGAUUUAGAUGAGGGGUCAAAUUCUGAUGUAACUUAUUCAUAUAGUUUAUAUACAUCAGAGAAAACACAAGAAACAUUUAAUCUGAAUCCUUCCACUGGUGAAAUUACUGUUAAAGGAAUGCUAAACUAUGAGGAUUUCAGGAUUUAUGAUAUGGAAGUUAUAGCAACUGAUAAAGGAGCCAGUGCUUUAUCAGGACAAUGUACUAUAAAGAUUCUGGUUGAAGACAUGAAUGACAACCAUCCAGAAAUAUCUAUUAAAUCAUUUCAGAGUCCAGUCCAUGAAAACAUAGAAUUAGACACAGUGAUAGCUGUAGUUAGUGUCAGUGAUAAAGACUCAGGUGACAAUGGAGUAGUUGAUCUUCAUAUUCCAGAUAAUAUGCCUUUCAAACUGCGGGAGUCCUCUGAUAACUAUUAUGAAUUAGUAGUGUCAGAGCCUUUAGACCGUGAGAAGGUUCCAGAAUAUGACAUCACUUUCACUGUGACAGACAGAGGUUCUCCUCCUUUAUCUGACAAUGAAACUAUGACGUUAGAACUGCUGGAUGUUAAUGACAAUGUUCCACAGUUCCCUCUGUCAUUUUAUACUAUACGUGUAAAUGAGAAUAACGCACCUGGGGCUUUGCUCAGUUCACUCACUGCGUUUGACCCCGACCUCCAUGAAAACCAGUAUCUAGUUUAUUUCAUCCUAGAGAAGGAGAUAGCCAACACCUCCAUGUCCAUGCUGUUCUCCAUCAAUCCAGAGAACGGUAAUCUUUACGCACUAAAAACUUUUGACUAUGAGAUCGAGAAGGAGUUUCUUUUCCACAUCGAGGCCAGAGACUCUGGCUCUCCUCCUCUCAGCAGUAACGUGACGGUCCACAUCAUCAUAGUGGACCAGAACGACAACGCUCCGGUUAUUGUCUCUCCGUGGAGAGCGCACGGCUCUGUGGUGGAGGAAAAGAUCCCCAGAUCCACCGAUAAAGGCUCUCUGGUGGCCAAGGUGAUAGCCUUAGACACCGACUCGGUGCACAACUCUCGGAUUACCUACCAGUUUCUACAAGUGACUGACGCCACCUUGUUCAGUCUGGAUCAAUACAACGGAGAGAUCCGGACUAUGAGGAUGUUCAGUUACAGAGACCCUCGCCACCAGAGGAUGAUUGUUGUUGCCAAGGACAACGGGAAUCCCGCUCUCUCUGCUACAGUCACCAUCAAGCUGUCCACGAUGGAGACUGCGGUUAAGGCCUACUCUGACAUGACUGAGGUGCCUCUAGAAUAUGACAUCUUCUCAGACCUAAACCUGUAUUUGGUCAUCGGUCUGGGCUCGGUGUCAUUUCUCCUGCUCAUCACCAUAUUGGUCACCAUCGUGCUCAAGUGUCAGAAACCCAAGCCCAGCAAAGCGGCUCCUCCCUGCAGGAACAGUGUGAUCAGUGAGAGGAACUCCACCAUCGCAGAUUCCACUCUGGUCUCCAACGAUGCCUACUGGUACAGUCUGUUUCUAGCAGAGACCAGGAAAGGAAAGAUGGUGGUGAGACAGCCUGUGCCAAAGGGCUCCAGAUACAUCGUGUCCAGUUUACCAAGAGGAACAGGACUGACAGACACUAGUGACUCAGCAGCGUCCACUCUGCAGUAUCUAGUUUAUUUCAUCCUAGAGAAGGAGAUAGCCAACACCUCCAUGUCCAUGCUGUUCUCCAUCAAUCCAGAGAACGGUAAUCUUUACGCACUAAAAACUUUUGACUAUGAGAUCGAGAAGGAGUUUCUUUUCCACAUCGAGGCCAGAGACUCUGGCUCUCCUCCUCUCAGCAGUAACGUGACGGUCCACAUCAUCAUAGUGGACCAGAACGACAACGCUCCGGUUAUUGUCUCUCCGUGGAGAGCGCACGGCUCUGUGGUGGAGGAAAAGAUCCCCAGAUCCACCGAUAAAGGCUCUCUGGUUGCCAAGGUGAUAGCCUUAGACACCGACUCGGUGCACAACUCUCGGAUUACCUACCAGUUUCUACAAGUGACUGACGCCACCUUGUUCAGUCUGGAUCAAUACAACGGAGAGAUCCGGACUAUGAGGAUGUUCAGUUACAGAGACCCUCGCCACCAGAGGAUGAUUGUUGUUGCCAAGGACAACGGGAAUCCCGCUCUCUCUGCUACAGUCACCAUCAAGCUGUCCACGAUGGAGACUGCGGUUAAGGCCUACUCUGACAUGACUGAGGUGCCUCUAGAAUAUGACAUCUUCUCAGACCUAAACCUGUAUUUGGUCAUCGGUCUGGGCUCGGUGUCAUUUCUCCUGCUCAUCACCAUAUUGGUCACCAUCGUGCUCAAGUGUCAGAAACCCAAGCCCAGCAAAGCGGCUCCUCCCUGCAGGAACAGUGUGAUCAGUGAGAGGAACUCCACCAUCGCAGAUUCCACUCUGGUCUCCAACGAUGCCUACUGGUACAGUCUGUUUCUAGCAGAGACCAGGAAAGGAAAGAUGGUGGUGAGACAGCCUGUGCCAAAGGGCUCCAGAUACAUCGUGUCCAGUUUACCAAGAGGAACAGGACUGACAGACACUAGUGACUCAGCAGCUUCCACUCUGCAGGGCAGAUCGUACGUGCUGCUCGUUCUUCUUUUUUCUUUCGCUCGUAACACAUUGACUUCAGUGUCUCAUUAUUCAAUACCUGAGGAGAUGAAAGAAGGAUCCGUUGUAGCAAAUCUUGCUACCGAUCUCAGUCUGGAUGUGAAAACACUGAACCAGAGGAAGAUGCGUCUCGACAUCAUUGCAAACAAGAAAUAUCUGGAUGUGAACAAAGAGACUGGUGAACUCUAUGUUGUUGAAAAGAUCGACAGGGAAAAUAUUUGCCCAAGCAAGUCAUCAACGUCUUGUUAUCUCAAACUGGAGGUAAUAUUAGAAAACCCAGUAAGAAUUUUUAAUAUAGAAGUAGAAAUAUCGGAUAUAAACGACAACGCCCCGCAGUUUCGCAGAGACGCCAUACAUUUAGAUAUAUCUGAAGCGACGCCAAAAGGAGAGAGAUUCUCUCUCAGUAAUGCAGUUGAUCCUGAUGUUGGAAGUAAUUCAGUUAAAACAUACCACCUGAGUGAAAGUGAACAUUUUAAUAUUGAAGUUCAGACUGGCAGAGAUGGGUCAAAAUUUGCCGAAUUAAUAUUAACAAAGACUUUAGAUCGAGAGCAGCAUGCUGUUCAUAAUUUAAUACUCACAGCUGUAGAUGGAGGCACACCUGCUCGUUCUGGCACUGCAAGUGUUAUUGUUCGUGUUUUAGACACAAAUGACAACGCUCCUACUUUUGACAAAUUAACUUACAACAUAAAAAUAAUGGAAAAUUCUCCCAUUGGAAGCCUUGUUGUUCAUCUCAAUGCAACAGACUUAGAUGAGGGGUCAAAUUCUGAUGUAACGUAUUCAUAUAGUUUAUAUACAUCAGAGAAAACACAAGAAACAUUUAAUCUGAAUCCUUCCACUGGUGAAAUUACUGUUAAAGGAAUGCUAAACUAUGAGGAUUUCAGGAUUUAUGAUAUGGAAGUUAUAGCAACUGAUAAAGGAGCCAGUGCUUUAUCAGGACAAUGUACUAUAAAGAUUCUGGUUGAAGACAUGAAUGACAACCAUCCAGAAAUAUCUAUUAAAUCAUUUCAGAGUCCAGUCCAUGAAAACAUAGAAUUAAACACAGUGAUAGCUGUAGUUAGUGUCAGUGAUAAAGACUCAGGUGAUAAUGGAGUAGUUGAUCUUCAUAUUCCAGAUAAUAUGCCUUUCAAACUGCGGGAGUCCUCUGAUAACUAUUAUGAAUUAGUAGUGUCAGAGCCUUUAGACCGUGAGAAGGUUCCAGAAUAUGACAUCACUUUCACUGUGACAGACAGAGGUUCUCCUCCUUUAUCUGACAAUGAAACUAUGACGUUAGAACUGCUGGAUGUUAAUGACAAUGUUCCACAGUUCCCUCUGUCAUUUUAUACGAUACGUGUAAAUGAGAAUAACGCACCUGGGGCUUUGCUCAGUUCACUCACUGCGUUUGACCCCGACCUCCAUGAAAACCAGUAUCUAGUUUAUUUCAUCCUAGAGAAGGAGAUAGCCAACACCUCCAUGUCCAUGCUGUUCUCCAUCAAUCCAGAGAACGGUAAUCUUUACGCACUAAAAACUUUUGACUAUGAGAUCGAGAAGGAGUUUCUUUUCCACAUCGAGGCCAGAGACUCUGGCUCUCCUCCUCUCAGCAGUAACGUGACGGUCCACAUCAUCAUAGUGGACCAGAACGACAACGCUCCGGUUAUUGUCUCUCCGUGGAGAGCGCACGGCUCUGUGGUGGAGGAAAAGAUCCCCAGAUCCACCGAUAAAGGCUCUCUGGUGGCCAAGGUGAUAGCCUUAGACACCGACUCGGUGCACAACUCUCGGAUUACCUACCAGUUUCUACAAGUGACUGACGCCACCUUGUUCAGUCUGGAUCAAUACAACGGAGAGAUCCGGACUAUGAGGAUGUUCAGUUACAGAGACCCUCGCCACCAGAGGAUGAUUGUUGUUGCCAAGGACAACGGGAAUCCCGCUCUCUCUGCUACAGUCACCAUCAAGCUGUCCACGAUGGAGACUGCGGUUAAGGCCUACUCUGACAUGACUGAGGUGCCUCUAGAAUAUGACAUCUUCUCAGACCUAAACCUGUAUUUGGUCAUCGGUCUGGGCUCGGUGUCAUUUCUCCUGCUCAUCACCAUAUUGGUCACCAUCGUGCUCAAGUGUCAGAAACCCAAGCCCAGCAAAGCGGCUCCUCCCUGCAGGAACAGUGUGAUCAGUGAGAGGAACUCCACCAUCGCAGAUUCCACUCUGGUCUCCAACGAUGCCUACUGGUACAGUCUGUUUCUAGCAGAGACCAGGAAAGGAAAGAUGGUGGUGAGACAGCCUGUGCCAAAGGGCUCCAGAUACAUCGUGUCCAGUUUACCAAGAGGAACAGGACUGACAGACACUAGUGACUCAGCAGCUUCCACUCUGCAGGUGAGAGUCAAAUGUACACAUGUAUUUUCAUAUUUACAACGAAUCAAUAUUGAUUAG